UCACUCCCGGGCGCUCAAAGAUGGCCCCCGGCUAUGGCGGAGGCGGCGGCGCUGGUAGGGUCUGCGAUGAUUUCGGGGAGCAUGUUCCUGUUCACCAGCGUCGUCAAGGACGCCUUUCCUCCGCUGAGCCUGGUGAUGUGCCGCCUCAUCCUGGGCUGCUGCGGGCUGUUGUGCCUCCUGCUGCUCCAGGAGAAGCAGCUGGUGCUGGAGGACGGCCCGCGGCUUUGCGUCGUCGGCCUGAUGAACACGGUGCUGCCCUACACCCUCUACGCCGCCGCCCUCAGCAUGGGCGAGUCGGUGAGCGCCGCCUCCGCUCUGGCAGGCGCCACCCCCAUCUUCGCGGCGGGGCUCUGUGUGCUCAGCCGGCGCCGUACUAGUGGGUGGCCAGGCCUAGCUCUGGGCAUGUGUGGGGUAUUGCUCAUAGUUUCUCGGCAUGGCCGCUGGGCCGGUGGCAGCUGGCUGGGGAUGAUGCUGCAGCUGCUGGGAGUUCUGUUCAAGGCCUCGGCCGCGGUUCUGGCGCAAGACCUGCGCAAGGCGAGGCCCUCGCCUCUGCUGCCGGCGCUGGUGCAGGCGGCGGCGGGCGCGGCGCUGGCGGCGCCGGGGCCAUGUAUGCUUCUUCGGGCUCGAGUGGGCCAGGCCGCGCUGUCGCUGCUGCUGGACUGCCGGGGUGUGACGCCCCAGCUGCUGGAUCCCAAGCGGCUGAGCCGCGGCGGCGGAUAUUCUUUCCUGGCGAGUGUGAGUCUGACGCAGUGGCUAUGCCUGCUUGGCCUCUCCCUCCUGGGGAGCUGUGCGGUAUAUCUACUCCAGUUCUUCCUGCUGGCCCGGGUGGGCGCAGUGCGGCAGACUCUGAUGGACCAGCUGGCGCUGGUGAUCGGAGUGCUCGAAGCGCUGUUUCGACACGAGCAGGAGGCGUCUACCAGCGAAGUCGUAAUCUUCUUGCUGGGCGCAGCUCUGGUGAUGACUGCCACAGCUUUGCUGUACCAGCCGCCGAGCCAAAGGGAGAUCGACACCAUUAGCAUGGAGCCCAUGGUGUCUCCAGAGUCGAGUUGACCAGACCAGAGUUCGGAACCUCGAGGGGUUCAGAGCUAUGUCCCGUCCUGUACUUUGGC